AUGCAGACCAAGCUUAAUGGAGAGAACUAUCCCCUAUCGGCGAAAUUGAUGCAGAGGGCAAUCGGGGAGAAGGGACUGAUAUCUCACAUUUCUGGAGUGUCAGACCCUUCUUCACCAACCGACCCGGCCUACUCAAGGAGGAUACAGAGAGAUCACUGCUGCUUCAACUGGAUCAUCAACAACAUUGAUACCAACCUCGUAAACGAGGUUUCCCAAUACGACACAGCACAAGAUCUCUGGGAAAACUUAGCUGUUACAUACGGAAGCGGCGCCGAUCCAUUCCAAAUCUCAGACCUGCACCGACAAACAUACGGGAUGAGGCAAGGAAAUUUAUCGUUGGAAAAUCUAUGGCAAAAAUUCCAGGACUUGUGGAUCUCCAUCGACAGUAGAGACCCGAAUCCGAUGGACACCCCAUCCUCCAUCGAGAAAUACAACUAG